GACUCUGGCAUCACACUUCGUCCUCAGACAUUCAGAGCGCACAUCGUCGACCCACAGGUUGAAGUUUGCAGAUUCGUUGCAGUCAACUCAAAACAAUCAAAAACGAAAUGGCUUCUUUCAAGUAUCUGAUUUUCGUCUCCUUGGCUGUCCUCAGCGUGUACUCAGUUGCCGCCGAAGAGGCAUCCCCCAAAGUCGACGAUGGCACCAGAGUGAAGAAACACGCCUACAUCGCCGCCCCAGCUCCGGUCGUGGCCUACUCCGCCGCAGUUCCAGCCGCCUACCCGUACGCAUACUCUGCUUACCCGUACUCCAGUUACUCGUACAGCUAUCCCACCGCAUACGCCGCUGCACCAUACGCCGCCGCACCAUACGCCGCAUACCCGAGCUACGCCGCUUAUGAUGAUGGCAAAUACUACCCGGGCAAAUACGAGAAGACUUAUUUCCCAGCCUACAAGACCGCCUACCCAUACGCCUACCACUAUUGAACGCACACUCCGUACCGCUCUCACUCUGGACUAAUUUCAGGAAAAAUCUUCCGGCUACAAACAUAGUUUUUAAGACAUUUUGAUAGAAAUUCUCAUAAUAAAUACGUGAUUUUUUUUCAUCAAUCGA